UAUGAGAUAAUUAUGAAAAGCAGUUCAUGGUUCAAGCAUAACAAUGGAUUGAAGGACCUUCAGGGAUCAAACGAGUUAAAAUUUUCAAAUCUUCAAAAAAUGAGUUUAGAUAAUUACGGGGGAGUGAAAUUUCCAAAAUGGAUGUCAUCGCUCACAACUCUCGUAGAAUUUUCGUUAUAUGACUGUAACAAAUGCCAACAUCUACCACCGUUGGAGCAAUUUCCUUAUCUCAAUUGUGUAUCUCUCAACAAAUUGGAUUCUCUGGAGUACAUGUCAGAGAUAGAUUAUAGUGAGGAGCUCUCUAAUUCUUCAUUCAUCCCAUCUCUAAAGGAACUCAAACUCUCUUGUUGCCCUAAUCUAAAGGGAUGGUGGCGACAGAGAGGGGAUUCUUCAAAGGAAGUUGAUGAUGAUAAGAAUCAUUUGUUGCCUUUUUUUCUUGGUCUUUCCGAUUUAGAAAUUAAAAAUUGCCCUAAGCUUACUUCCAUGCCUCUGUUUCCAAAUGUCAGAUGGUUGAAAUUGGGUAUGUGUAGCUUGAAGCCAUUGAAGCAGACAUCAACACUCCAGAUUGCCAACUCCUCCUUUGCCCCUCUCUCCAAAUUAUAUAGACUGGAAACUGGGACCCUAAAGGAACCUUUACCCAACUUGUCCAACCUCAUUUAUCUUAACUGUCGUGGUCCUCUCCCUCAAGGUAUGCAACAUCUCACUACGCUUAAGAAUAUGGACAUUAUGAAUCCUAUGGAGGUAGAUUUAUCAAAUUCUUGGGAUGUUGUAGAAUGGCAAGGCCUUAAGAGCCUUCAAUCACUUGAAAUUAGUAGUUGUCCCAAUUUAAUAUCGUUGUCCGAAGGGAUAUGUGUCCUUAUCUCUUUGCAGACACUAAAAAUUAACUGGUGUAACAAAUUGAAGUCAUUGCCUGAAGGGAUGGGUGGCCUCACCUCUUUGCAGACACUAGAAAUUAACUAUUGUAGCAAAUUGAAAUCAUUGCCUGAAGGGAUGGGUGGCCUCACCUCUUUGCAGACACUAAAAAUUAAUUGGUGUAGCAAAUUGAAAUCAUUGCCUGAAGGGAUGGGUGGCCUCACCUCUUUGCAGACACUAAAAAUUAUCUGGUGUAGCAAAUUGAAAUCAUUGCCUGAAGGGAUGGGUGGCCUUACCUCUUUACAGACACUGGAAAUUAAAGGGUGCAGCAAAUUGAAAUCAUUGCCUGAAGGGAUGGGUGGCCUUACCUCUUUACAGACACUGGAAAUUAAAGGGUGCAGCAAAUUGAAAUCAUUGCCUGAAGGGAUGGGUGGCCUUACCUCUUUGCAUACACUACGUUUUUGGGACUGCAUCGAACUAAAAUCACCGCCUGAAGGGAUACAAGGUCUUACCUCUUUGGAGACGCUAGAAAUUAUUACGUGUCCCUUCUUACUGGAAAGAUGCAAGAGAGAAACAGGCGAAGAUUUCUCAUAUCCCAAACUUGAAAGGGCAACUACGUCAGCAACAAACCAACUGAGAUGAAGAACCAAAUGAACCACAGAAGAUGAACUCAUCAUACCAAUUGGGUGGUUCAAUAAUUCAAAAACUAACCAUUGAUAUCAGCAACAUGACCUGAUGUAUUGUUUCAAUGUGUACUUCAGGAUUUGAUUGACCAUUGAGGAGUCCUUGUAUCAUUCAGUCUGGGAAUUCAACAAAAUGUGACUGGAAGCUUCAUUCUAUUUCUAUAAACAAUCAAUUUUCUGAAAUUAGCUUAUGAGGUGAAGGUGGGUGUGUAGCUUUUAGGUGGCUGAAGGAGGAAGCAAUCCAAUGUAUGAAAGAGGCGGAUUGGCCAUUGAUAUUUAGGAUUUCCCCAAUUUGACAAUAUGAUUGAUUGGAGUGAUUUGUGCCCACACCUCUUUUUUGAAUACUGAGAAUUUCAUCAGUGUCACCAGACUCACCACAAUGAUGCAAAAGGAAAUAGGUUAUCUUGGGUUAGGACUUAAGACCGUAAGUUAAUGCUCAUAGUAGUACCCAAAUAAAGGAACUUUCUAUUUUCUAGAUGGUUGCCUUUCAGUUAUUGUACACUCCUAGAGGUUAAUGUUGCGAAGAUGCAUUGGCACAAGACAAGUUGAAGUGUGGAUGACUAUCAAAGUGUAUGAAGUGAUCUUUGGUAGUUUACGGUGGCAUAAUUGCGUUGACAUAUGUUGAUGAUUUCUUUUAUAAAGAAUGUAAGUAGCCUUCAUGACUUUUAUGAGAGGUAUGGUGAGUUUAUCAGUUAUUGGCUUUUAGCAGAUGCCCUAAGGACCAUUACUAAAGGAAACAAGUUUAAGGGUGCAUGUUUCUUCAAACCUAGCUAGAAAUCAGAUUAUGCAGCAAUUAUUGGAAAAAGAAAGAUAUCAACAACAUGACUGGAUGUAUUGUUUUGAUGUGUACUUCAGGAUUUGAUCGAGAGUAAAAUUGGGCACAAACCACAAAGUGGUAUCGGGGUAAUAUUGUGGGAAGAAUUAAAUUUGGCAGCCAUUCUGUAGGAACUAGCUUGUUCUACAGGAGACCAGUCAUUCAGUCAGGGGAUUUAGCACAUUUGUUUGGAAGCCUCAUUCCAUUUAUAUAUAUACAUAUAUAUAAAUGAUUUUCCGGAAUUGGCUUACAAGGUGAAGAUCAAUGCUUUUAAAUAGCUCUGUGUGGCUUCUCUUGAAUGAUGGUGGGUAUGUCACUUUUAGGAGAUUGAACUUUGAAGCAAGAAGCAAUGCAAGGUAUCGGAGAGGUGGAUUGGCUGCUAAUAUUUGUGCCCUCAAUGAGGAUUGCCAAAAGAUUUGUAGAUACUGGGAAUUCAUCAGUGUGUCAUCUUACCACAAAGAUGAAAAGGGGAUCCAUUUCAUUGGAAAUGGAGCUUAAUGAAAACUAUUUGGUUUCAACAACAACUCAAUGGUAUGAUGAGUUUAUUGGUAAUUGGAUUUUAGCCAAAGCUUGAGGAGUAUUUAAUACUGAAGCCGGCAAGCUUAAGAGUGCAUGUUUCUUCAAACCUAGCUGGUAAUAAGAUUAUGCAGCAAAAUAUUAGGAAAGGAACGAGCUUGGUAGGUUCUAAUGAAUGAAGAGCAUAGCUUGUUAUUAGAGCAGACUACAAAGUACUCCCUGAUUUCAUAGAUAGCUUAAUUUCAUGGUCUAGACAUGAUGCAUAUAUUUUGAUGAGAAAGCUAUCCAAUCUUGCUCUGACAGAAAAGUGGUUGAUGUACAACUUACUAAAGAUAAUAAGAGAUUUGCAUUCUCAGGAUCCAUGUUCAACGGACUAGCUGAUUUUUAGGGAAAAUAUGUGAUUUCCAGUGAGAUGGCAACUAAAACUUUCCAUGAACAACGAUCACUUGUGGAUCUUGUAUCGGUGAGUAUUGGGAUUGAGCACAUGUUCCAGAAGUUUCAUUCUAUGAAUCAAGUUAUAUAUGUCAACACUUUUCUGGAUAGAAAUUUGCAAUUAAGGUGAAGAAUAGAUGACAACAGCAACAAAUGUCAUCUCAUACCACUGUGAAGUCCAACACCUUGGAGGACUUGUGCUUUUUUGCAGUAGAGUGGAAAAUAAGGAAAAUGCUUACGUAUCAUGUUGGAGCAGAUAUCAAGUUGAUUAUAAACCAAGAAGAGAAUGAGAAUUAGCAGAUGAAGGAAGCAAUUGAAGGAGUUCUUGUUUGUUCCAUGUAGUUGAAAACCUAACAACCAUCAAGAAAAGCUGCCCUAGCCCUAAUUGGGAGGGGUAUUCUUAAGUUAGGAAUUCAAGCACGAAUGUCAAGUUUGAAAGUCAAAUUUGAGUUGUAUCUGACUUGGACUCCUUUUGUUGACUUUGGCUAGGACUCUAUUCCUUUUUGGUUUGGUACUGUGCUUUGGGUGAGAGUUCCCAAAGUCAAGUGUGAGAGUUCUUUGGGUGUAUAUGGGGUUUGGGUUCUAUGAGAGUGUCUUUGUGUCACAUUUGUAAUCUCCUUAUUUUCUUAGUGAAACUUUCUUGAAACCA